GUUUGCGAUCAAAUAUUGUCGGCAAGAUGGAGCCGACGUCGCCGCCGCCGACGACGCGAUGCGCCUGUCGCUGCGUGGCUCAACUAGAAGAAGAAGUUGAAGCGCUGCAGAGCCAUUUGCUUCGAUACCGUCGAAAGUAUGGCAACCUGGACGUCCUGGAACAGCGUCAGGCGAUCAAGGAGUCCACCGACUCUGGUGGAACUGCCGCGUCAGCCAAACUCGACCCCAUUCCGCAACUAACCCUGGACGACAACUCGACGACUCUCAUAUCAUCGACCGUUGGAAAGCAUGUUGUCCUCGACUACGUGGCCGACUCGCCCAUGUUUCGCAAGAAUCUGGAGGGUCUGGAAGAAUCCACGAGCGGCCUACGAGGGUUCAUGAAGGAACUCAUGGCGCGAACGAAGGAGUUCGUUGCGGCUGGCAAGGUCCUCGGCUCCAAGGAGGUUGCUCUGGCUGAGAUGUACUCGACCAAGUACAGUCGAUCGCUCUUCACGUCGUGCUACGCCGAACUCGGUGACCUUUCGACUCUUCUCAACGACUUCCACGACACGUUGACGCAGAUCCAAAGCUCGCGUGAGAGCAUGCUCCUUAGUAUUGAAGCGCUGCUGUACCAACCCCUUGAGAACUUCAUCGAAGCAGAACUCAAGCUCGCUGCCGACUUGCGCAAGGACGUGUCCAAGUCCAGCGACGACUACGAUGCGCUGUUGGGCAAGGUUCUUAGCAAGCCAGUGACGUUGUCGGCAUCCGCACCCCCCGUCGCUCGAUCGGCUUCGUCGUCCAUCUCGACUGAAGGGCCUCCAUCGAGCGUCGACGACGCCGUGGCCCUGUCCCGCCAGCCUUCUCUCUCGUCGAUGUCUCCCCCUCCUUUGACCACAGCCGCCCCAACUUCGUCGGUCGAUAAGGCGCUCAUGGCUGCGCGCUGCAAGUUUGAACUCGCGCGUUUCGAUUGCGUUCGGUACUUCAACGCCCUCGAUGCCAAGAAGAAGUUUGUCUUGGUCGACGCAUUCAACUCGACUUUGUAUUCGUACUUGGGACACUUUCACGCGUGCCACGAACUUGUCCACGCGAUCGAGCCCGCCCUUCGCACCAGACAACGCGCCUUACAAGAUGCCCGCGCGCAAUUCGCCGCGGAGGACGACAUGUUUGAGACACAGCGAGACUUGCUCCAGUCGCGGCUGUCGGCGUACCCGACGCAUGUGGCGCUUCCAGUGGAGAUUCUAUCCCUUGCGACGGCAGCCAGUCGACCCAACUUGAAGGAGUCGGUGGGGAGUCCUCGAGGCGGUAGCUCGGCCUCCGCAGACAAGCAAGGGUACCUCCUCGUGCGCGGGGGAGGCAGCAGCACGGGCGGGCCGUCGUCGUUUUCGUUCUCGUCCAAGGCAUACAAGCGCGUGUGGUUUCAAAUCCAUGCAGGCAAGCUGUACGCGAUGCAAAAGAACAUGGAGCUCACAGUCGUGUGCGACCUCAUGAUAUCCAAGGUCCGGCCAUGCGGGAAGGCGGCGCUCCCGUACACGUUUGAAGUUCUCGACAACAACCAGACCAAGCACAUUCUGCAAGCCACGAGCGAAGCGGACAUGGUCGCGUGGAUUGACGCGGCCCAAAACAGCACCGAACGACUCCUCGGCCAGCAACCCCACGACAAGGCGGUCCAUCCUGGCCACGCGGACGCAGUCCAAGUCCUCAUGGAUGCCAACCCGUUGUGCGCAGACUGCGACCAGUCUCCAGCGGAAUGGGUCUCGAUCAACAUCGGAGUGUUUCUGUGCAUCGAGUGCUCGGGUAUUCACCGGAGCCUUGGCGUCCACGUGUCGAAGGUUCGGUCGCUCGCCUUGGAUUCAUGGGACAUGUCGCUCCUCGACUUGCUCACGACGCAUCUCGGGAACACCAAGAUGAACGCUGUCUGGGAAGCGGAAUUGGCGCCGGGAUGGACGCGGCCCGUGGCGUUGUCGUCGCGCGCGGAGAAAGAGAAGUGGAUCAAGGCGAAGUAUGCGUUUCGAGGGUUUUCGACACAUACGCUCGAUCCAGCCCCUCUCGUCAUGGCGCGGUUUUUCGACGCUGCAACUCGAGGUGACGUCCGUCGACUCGCGGAGGGGCUUGCGCACGGUGUGGAUGUCAACGAAAAAGACUCUGCCACGGGAGCGACACCACUGCAUCGGUCGGCCGCCGCCGGCCAUGCCCUGGCGUGCGAGUAUUUGAUGCAAAAUGGCGCGUCCCUUCGAGAAGUCGACAAGCAGGGACAGCUGCCGUCAGAUGCUGCGAAACGCGGUGGGUUCGACAGUCUCAAGCUCUUGUUACUCGAGCGAAUGCGUGAAUAAGGAAUGGCCAACAAGGGGUCGAAUGUGUGUUGCAGAA